UCUGUUCACUCGUAUGCUGCAUUUGAACAGAGGCAGACAGAGGGACAGACCAAUAACCGCUCAGAAAUGACUUCACUAUUCAUAUGAGGACUAAACCAGGACCUUAAACCUCUGGAUUUUUUCCGCUCUGGAUAUUUUGGGUCGUGUCGGAGGAAUAUUUCCCAUUAACGUUAGACUCCCCUCUGUGAGAUAUUUUUGCCAUUUAUAGACCUUUUUUCAGAGCAGGUUUAAACCCAUACCUGACUCAGGUCUCAUGUAGUCUGUAAUUUCUUUGUGUUUAAAAAAAAAUGUGAUUCAUUUCCUGCCCAUGAGGUCGCCAAGCCCAGUCGUUGGCAUCUGAAACAGCUGGGUCGCGUCGAGAAGAUUGUGGAUUAACGUUUUCUCCCUCCUCCUCCUCCUUCUUCCUGCAUAUCCCCAAGAAACCCCGGACCCGGUUUUUCCAGCGGCCAAAAUGAGCGUCCGUUUAAUUGAAUCAACUACAUGAGUGGAGCCACAACAGACGCAUAUUUGUCCCGAGGAGCGCACAUUAUCUAAAUAGCGCCAGUCGCCCUGGAAAAUAUGGAAAGCGAGGUUUUCUCCCCUUUGCUGGAGCAGUUCAUGCUCACGCCUCUGGUGUGCUGGGUGAAGACAGUCGGGCAGGCGACACUGACUGAUGGCACCCAGUUAUCGGAAUAUAUUGAAUUAGUGGAUGGGAUUUACCUGAACGAGAUCAUGCUGGAGAUAAAUCCUAAGGCCACGGUGCAGAGGACCAACAAGAAGGUGAACAAUGACCCCACACUGCGCAUCCAGAACCUUUCUAUUCUCAUCAGGCAGAUUAAAGCCUACUAUCAGGAGACUCUCCAGCAGCUGGUGAUGAUGCCUUUACCAAACGUGCUGGUGCUGGGCCGUAACCCUCUGACUGAGCAAGGUCUGGAGGAGAUGAAGAAACUUUUGCUGCUGCUACUCGGCUGUGCUGUCCAGUGCGAGAAGAAGGAAGAGUACAUUGAGCGUAUCCAGACUCUGGACUUUGACACCAAAGCUGCCAUCGCAUCCCACAUCCAAGAGGUGACUCAUAAUCAAGAGAACGUGGUGGACCUGCAGUGGUUGGAAAGUGGGGAGAUGCCUCCUGAGGACCUGGACAGCCUCUCCAGAAACCUGGCUUUCCACCUCAAACGGCUGGUGGAUGAGAGGGACACACAGCUGGAGACUAUAGUGGAGUUAACCCAGGAGAGAGACUGUGUGCAGCUGUCCCCACUGGCUCCCUGUCCCACCCAGUCUCCCGGUGACUCCCCCAGUAUGAGGAGGACCGAAAGCCGACAGCACCUCUCUGUGGAGCUGGCCGACGCCAAGGCCAAGAUCAGACGGCUUCGACAGGAACUGGAGGAGAAAAGUGAGCAGCUUUUGGACACCAGGCAGGAGCUUGAGAACAUGGAAGUGGAGCUCAAGAAACUGCAGCAAGAGAGCUUCCAGUUGCUGUCGGACGCACGGUCAGCUCGGGCCUACCGGGACGAGCUGGACGCGCUCAGAGAGAAAGCGAUCCGGGUCGACAAACUGGAGAGCGAGCUGUGCCGAUACAAGGAGAGACUUCACGACAUUGAGUUUUACAAGGCCAGAGUUGAGGAGCUGAAGGAGGACAACCAGGUCCUGUUGGAGACUAAGAGCAUGUUGGAGGAGCAGCUGGAUGCUAGCCGGACACGCUCUGACAAACUGCACCUCCUGGAGAAAGAGAGUCUGCAGCUCAAAUCCAAGAUCCAUGACCUGGAGAUGGAGCGGGACAUGGACCGCAAACGUAUGGAGGAGCUGUUGGAGGAGAACCUUGUGCUUGAGAUGGCCCAGAAACAGAGCAUGGACGAGUCUCUUCACCUGGGCUGGGAACUGGAGCAGCUGUCCAAGACACCAGAACUGACUGAAGCCCCUCAGAAGUCUCUGGGCGAGGAGGUGAAUGAGCUGACCUCGAGCCGCCUGUUGAAGCUGGAGAAAGACAACCAGACCCUGCUGAAGACUGUGGAGGAGCUCAGAGGAGCAGGCGGUCCGGACACAGUGACAAAACUGUCCAAAGUCAACCAGGAGAACCAGAAACUGAAAGAGAAGUUGGAGCAUCUGGGGAGUGAGCUGACGGCAGACAGAGAGUCUCUCCGCAGCGCUGAAUCACUCAGUACUGACCUGAUGAAGGAGAAGGCUUUGCUGGAGAAGACUCUGGAAACACUCAGAGAAAACUCCGAGAGACAGCUGAAGGGUCUGGAGCAGGAGAACAAGCACCUGAGCCAGACAGUGUCAUCUCUGCGUCAGCGCUGUCAGGUUGGUGCUGAGGCCCGGGUCAAGGACGUGGAGAAAGAGAAUCGUGUCCUCCACGAGUCCAUCUGCGAGACAACGGGCAAGCUCAACAAGAUGGAGUUUGAAAGGAAACAGCUACGUAAGGAGCUUGAAGUGCUGAAGGAAAAAGGCGAGAGAGCAGAAGAGCUGGAGAUUCAGAUACAGAAGCUGGAGAGGGACAAUGAGAGCCUGCAGAAGAAAGUUGCCAGUCUUGGAAUCACCUGUGAAAAGGUGUCAUCUUUGGAGAAGGAGAACACUGAGCUGGAGGCCGAGGGCCGUCGUCUGAAGAAAAAGCUGGACACGCUGAAGAACAUGGCCUUCCAGCUGGAGGCUCUGGAAAAGGAGAACUCCCAGCUGGAGCAGGAGAACCUGGAGCUGCGGCGCUCGGCGGAGAGUCUCCGGUCAGCGGGGGCUAAGGCCGCUCAGCUAGAAGCCGAGAACAGGGAGCUGGAGAGUGAGAGGAGCCAGAUGAAGCGCAGCCUAGAGCUGCUCAAAGCCUCGUCCAAGAAGACGGAGAGAUUAGAGGUGAGCUACCAGGGCCUAGAUACAGAGAACCAGCGUCUGCAGAAGGCCUUAGAGAACAGCAUCAAGAAGAUCCAGCAGUUGGAGGCAGAGCUGCAAGAGGUAGAGACCGAGAAUCAAACCCUCCAACGUAACCUGGAGGAGCUGAAGAUCUCCAGUAAACGCCUGGAGCAGCUGGAGCAGGAGAACAAGACUCUGGAGCAGGAAAGCUCCCAGCUAGAGAAAGACAAGAAGCUUCUGGAGAAGGAGAACAAGCGGCUGAGGCAGCAGGCCGAGAUCCGAGACUCCAAGCUGGAUGACAGUAACCAGCGAAUCACCUCCUUGGAGAAGGAGAAUCGGACCAUGGGCAAGGAGAUGAUCUUCUUCAGGGACUCCUGCACGAGAGUCAAAGACCUGGAGAGGGAGAACAAGGAGCUGGUCAAACUGAGCAGCAUCGAUAAGAAGACGCUCAUCGCACUCAGAGAGGAGCUUGUGAGUGAGAAGCUGCGCACUCAGCAGAUGAAUAAUGAUCUGGAGAAACUGACCCACGAGUUGGAGAAGAUUGGACUGAACAAGGAAAGGCUGCUACACGACGAGAGCUCUGACGACAGGUUUAAACUCCUGGAAACCAAACUGGAGUCGACUCUGAAAUCAUCUUUGGAGAUUAAAGAGGAAAAGAUCGCCGCCCUGGAGGCCAGACUGCAGGAGUCCUCCAACCUCAAUCAGCAGCUGCGCCAGGAGCUCAAGACGGUAAAGAAAAACUACGAGGCGCUGCGUCAAAGGGAGGAGGAGGAGAGGAUGGUGCAGAGCUCGCCCCCUAGAGGAGGGGAGGACCCUCAGGCUGUCAGUAAAUGGGAGAAAGAGAGUCAUGAAGCCACCAGAGAGCUGCUGAAAGUCAAAGACAGACUCAUUGAGGUGGAGAGGAAUAAUGCUACGCUGCAGGCUGAGAAGGCGGCCCUGAGGAGCCAGCUCAAACAGCUGGAAACUCAAAGCUCCAACCUGCAGGCUCAGAUAGUGGCCGUGCAGAGGCAGACAGCUUCUUUACAGGAGAACAAUACCACACUACAGACGCAGAACGCCAAGCUGCAGGUGGAGAACUCCACCCUGAGCUCGAAGAGUGCAGCCCUCAUGGCCCAGAAUGCUCAACUGCAGAGCCAGCAGAGCAGCGUGGAGGGUGAGCGCGAGGGAGCCCUGAAGGAGAAAGAGGAGCUGAGGUCCACCUACGAGCUGCUCCUGCGCGAUCACGAGAAGCUGGCGGCGCUCCACGAGAGGCAGGCGGCCGAGUAUGAAGCACUGAUCGGAAAGCACGGCAGCCUGAAGAGCUCCCGCAAGAGCCUGGAGCAGCAGCACAGGGACCUGGAGGACAAGUACAAGCAGCUCCUGCAGAGGAAGGGUGAGCUGGAGGAUCUGGAGAAGAAUCUGAAGGAGCAGCAGGAAAAAAUGGCGCAAGAAAACCAAACGCACCAAGCCACAGCUGACCAGUACAAACUGCUCAAAGAGGAAAAUGACAGGCUGAAUAACACCUAUCGUCAGCUGGUGAAGGACAACGAGAAUCUCCAGUUGGAUCAUAAGAACACAAAGAGCCAGCUGAACAGCGCCAAGCUGGAACAAACCAAGCUGGAGGCCGAGUUCUCUAAACUGAAGGAGCAGUACCAGCAGCUGGACAUCACCUCCACCAAGCUCACCAACCAGUGUGAGUUGUUGAGCCAGCUGAAAGGAAAUCUGGAGGAGGAGAACCGCCACCUGUUGGACCAGAUCCAGACUUUGAUGCUACAGAAUCGCACACUGCUGGAGCAGACCAUGGAGAGCAAGGACCUGUUCCACGUGGAGCAAAGACAAUACAUAGACAAGCUGAACGAGCUGAGGAGACAGAAAGAGAAGCUGGAGGAGAAGAUCAUGGACCAGUACAAGUUCUACGACCCCUCGCCUCCACGCAGGCGUGGCAACUGGAUCACUUUGAAGAUGAAGAAGUUGAUCAAGCCGAAGACCCGCGAGAGGAUGCGCUCUCUCACACUGACUCCCUCGCGCUCAGAGUAUGGUGAUGGUUUCCUGACGUUCCCACAGGACAGCCAGGACAGCUCGUCCAUCGGCUCCGGCUCCAACUCGCUGGACGACACGCUGACACAGAAGAGGAGCAGCAGGAGGAGAGGGCAGCAGACCCAUGCCCAAGGGCAGGGUUCCACCAAUGCUAUAAAAAGGUUGCCUUUCAUGAGGAACAGAUCCAAGGACAAAGACAAGGCCAAGGCCAUCUACCGGCGCUCCAUGUCCAUGAAUGACCUGCUGCAGACCAUGGCGGUGGCGGGCGGAGCUCAGUGGACGUGUAGCAUCGAGAACCUAGACGGCGCUGAGGCCGGAGAUGUCGGCAUGACAGGUAGCAGCAAGCGCAGCGGGCAGCGCAUGAAGGAGCUCGCCUUGUCCACCAACGCCAUCGACUGUGCCGCCCUCACCCUGCCCACUGCGGGGCAUAGCAGGGCCAAGCAGAGGCUUAAGGUCAAAGAAAAUGCCUCCUGUGAAGAUGUGGCCGGCUCUGUAGAUGACCCUAAGACUCAAGGCCUGCAGGUGUACAGCAGUGCUCUGGCUCCUUCUCCUGUUGAGCUGAGUGUUAUGUGCAGAGUGCCCUGUAGCAUCUGUACCUCCAGACCCACCAGUCUCCAUAGCAACAGGACCACCAGUAGUAAUAGUAACAAUAACUCCCACCUCACUUCUCCUCUGGAGGGCAAAGGCACUUUGAACGGCAGCCUCAGCAGGCCUCACAGCGAGAGCAGCGGAGAGUUCAGCCUCAGUUUGGACCAGGAGGUGUGGUCCAGCAGCGGCAGCAGCCCCGUCCAGCAGCCCACCUCCUCACGCUCCUCCCACCAGAGCCCCCUGCAGCUGCGCAGGUCGCUCGACCCGUCUGCUGCCGCAAGCAGCCCUGGUCAGACCCAGGUCAGGUCCAGCGAGGUGCUCUCCCUGCAGCAGUUCCUGGAUGAGGGUAUUGAUCCUGCAGAGUCUGGCAGUCAGGAGAACCUCACUGUAGACUCUCCUCGCCUCUCCACUUCCUCUGAGCACGUGCAGAAAGAACGCACUUCCACAAAGGGCCGGGGCAUACUGCGCUCAUCCAGUGGGAAAGCAGCACCGGUCAGCUCUGAUCGCCCACCGAGAUCCGCUGGACAACCGGGUCGCCCCACUCUGCGUAAGGCGGAGAGCACCCGUGUGAAAGGCUCUGUCCCAGUCCGCUCCAGCUUGUCCACGCAGGGCAAAGCCACGUCCGUCUCCGAACGCCUGGACACGGCCUCCUCCACGCUGCCCCGGGCCAGCAGCGUCAUCUCCACCGCUGAGGGCACCACGCGGCGCACCAGCAUCCACGACCUGCUCUCAAAGGACAACCGGCAGCCCGUGUCCGUCGACGCCUCUCCUCCCGCUGCCCCCACCAAGGCUGGCGUACGCUCCCAGCCUACACCCAGUGAGUACCACCCCAACAGCACCAACCUAAAGGGACCCCUUACCACCACCCCUCUACCCAAGUCACUCAGCUUACCUUGCCGUAGCUUGGAGGAUCCCGACCUCUCCACCCUCGAGUCUUUCCUCGGCCCUUCCUUCACUGUAGAGUCGGUGUUCAUGGACUCCAUCUUUAGCGAGACGGCGGGCAAAAACCUCCCCUUCCUGUCUCUCAACCCCACCCUAGUCAGCAACAUCAGCGGGCCUCCUGUUACAAAUAAAACACACCCUCCUUCUAUCCCCAACCACAUCUCCACCCAAAACCAGGCCACUCACAGCCAAUCAAAUGGCCAGAAAGAGUAUCACGAGGGCAUUGAUCCUAAUCGUGUGAAUAAUUCGGACCAAUCGCUGAGCCCAGAGGACAACCAGUCUCUGUGGUACGAGUACGGGUGUGUGUGAACGACAGGGAGGUUCUGGUUCGCUGAUCUUUUAACCAGACUUGAUAUAAAGAGGGGAAAAUGAACGGAUGAAUAAAUGACAAAUCCUCCUCUGCAUGUAUUUAUUGGAGCACUAUCUCUGUGUGGUGUUUUUGUUUCGUUCUUUUCUGUUUGCCAUGGUGCUGAUCGGUGUUUGGUUUUUUUUGUUUUGUUUUGUUUUUUUGGUCACUUCCUGUUUUCUGCCUUGUGCUUUUCUCCGAGGUGGGACUUUGAUGAAUGUUCUUUCAUCCAACAGCCAUAUUAUUGUUUCUGCAUUGAAUCUGUUUCCCUGGCUAACACUACACUAUUAUCUGCAGUUAGUUUUGUAUUUCUGUUUAGAGCUUUAAUCUUUAAUGAGCACUGAUGAGAAAUAAUUUGUCACCAUGAUCCAUAAAAAACAAAACCUCUGUAUUACGGGACAGAUCUCGUAGCUGCAGUUUCAUCACUACAAAUCCAAAUUAAGAUUUUUCACUUUGUCAGAUAAUAGAUUCACUGUCCACUUUCUGUUUAUAACGAUGUCUCUGAUGAAGUUUGGGUGACUGAGCGUCUUUUUCACUGCUUUUUUAACUCGGUUGCAUCAUCCACUAAAAUGCACGGCUUCGUUCUGUCCGACCUGAAACGCUCAUUUUGAUUACUGUGAUCAAAAUGCUCAUCGUGUGUAUCCUCUUUUUGUUUGUAUCGAUGGUGUUUGUUUUUGUACAGUUUGACACCCUUUUCUGUAUUUUCUUUUCUGUGAUAUUAACCGGGGCAUUCGCUCUGUGGGGUUUGAUCUAGUGGGUCUUAACUGACCUCUUGGGGCUGGUGACAAAAUGAUGACGCUUCAUUCGCAAAAUGAUCUGAGGAGGGCUAAUCGAUUACGGCAAAAUAUAAUAUUGAAAUCACGAUUAAUUGAUUCAAGGCUGUUUGUUUGUCAUCUUGGCUCAAGAGAAACUAAAUAUGCUGCAGCCUGGCUGACGGUGAGUUCGGGUUUUUAAAGAGGGGAAAGCACACUGCUGUAAAAGAAAGGUGUGCGCUGGAUUUAGAACAGUGGUUCCCAACUGGUGCAGCCACAGCGUCCAGAUUCCUCCUUAGUCGUCAGUUCAAGGUCCACACAGUUUAAUACAGUCUGCGUCACACUUGAGUUUUGCCAUGUUGCCGAGCUAGUCUGCUGUCUGUUGUAAGUCGCUGUCCAUCGGUCACUCACUCUACAGCAGGAAAUGGCACUUCAAAAUAAAAGCUAAGUGCCAGAAAUUCACUGUACUUUAAAAUAAAGUGUGUUCUUUACAAACUUGACACACUCGCGAGUCCCUUGUGGUCCUUUCAAAAUGGACCCGCAACCCACCUUUGAUCUGUGACCCAACAGUUGGGAACCACAAAACAAGACAAAACAAGGGCAUCAUUGCAAAACAGAAUGCAGCACAAUAAUAAUUUUACCUCGAUUAACUUGUUUUGAUAAUUGCUGAAAGCCAAAAUCGUUUUUAAAAAUAAAGUUUGAUUAACUGCCCAGCCCUGAAUCUGAGGGAAAGUAUAGUUGGUGAAGUGAAAGUUGACGGUGAAGGUAGUAGAGGAUGACUAAGGUGAUUAUUAUGUAUAUUUUAAUUGAUACAGGAAGUUAACAUAGAAAGUUGAGAACAGGUGUCAGUGGUCAGAUUGUUCUGUGAAUGAAGCGAACAUCAUUUCUUUUGGUAUCUGGAAACUUUUAUUUACUCAUGCCGACGCACCACACCUUGAGAAUGGAUAAUGUUUGAUGAUGUAUUUCAGACUGACAAGAUCUUGUACAGAUUGUUGUGAUCAUUAAGUUAUAAUCAAAGACGAGCACUGCUUAAUGUGCCAAUACUAGUCGUACUGUCUGCCUCUAGAUCCUUAUUUAUUUCUGCUCUUGUACUCAGUACUUGCUCUUUUGAAGUUGCUUUAAUGUAUUUAAUCCACAGUAUAUGCAGGUAUAAAGUAAAUGAACACUUUGCUGUCGCUGUCUACAGAUGUAACAUAAACAUUGCCUUUGUCCUACAGAUGUGGAGGGCAGAAAGUCUAAAAGCAGGAGCGGGGAGCCGCAGCAAAGCUGCUAAACCCCGCCCCCACCACCCUCGUCUGUCUGCUACCAUGCUGUGAGCGCGUG